UAUUACACUACUGUUUAAAUUGAUUUUGACAGCUCACGUGUUCAAACUGUAGGUUACCCGGAUGAUAAAGAUAACACACCGCGGUUCUGCCUUCAACAGGAUCACUUCUUAGUAGAUCAGUAUGGAUUUUAUGACAGAUCACGACGUGCAAAAGUACAAGGAGGAUGGAUAUGUGGUUUUGGACGGGCUGCUGACCUCUCAGGAGUGCGAUGAGCUGAGGCAGAGAAUGGCUGAGAUUGUGGACCGGAUGGACGUCCCCGAGCACUGCCGGACCACUUUCUCUACCUACCAUGACGAGCAGCUGAAAACACAGAUGCAGGGGAAUGCAGAUUAUUUCAUCACAAGUGGAGAUAAGAUCCGUUUUUUCUUUGAGAAGGGUGUUUUUGGUGACAAAGGGGAAUUCGUCGUACCAAAGCAGCAGUCGCUCAAUAAAAUCGGACAUGCUCUGCAUGCAUAUGAACCUUUGUAUAAGAACAUUACACAUUCACCCCAGGUUCAGGGAAUAGCCAAGAAACUGGGUCUGGUCAAUCCUGUGAUACUGCAAAGCAUGUACAUUUUUAAGCAACCAGGAAUUGGUGGCGAAGUGACGCCACACCAGGACGCCACGUUUCUGUACACGGAGCCUCUGGGCAGAGUUAUGGGAUUGUGGAUUGCCCUGGAGGAUGCGACUGUUAACAAUGGCUGCCUGUGGUUCAUACCAGGAUCACAGAACAGUGGUAUUUCCCGUCGAAUGGUGCGCACCCUAAAAGGCAUCUUCCCACUGACAGACUUUAUUGGAAGAGAGCGAACUUAUGAUGAGGAGAAGUUUGUUUCUGCACCUGUUAAAAAAGGUGGUGUGGUUCUAAUUCAUGGGGAAGUGGUGCACAGAAGUGCUGAAAACACUUCAGAGGACUCUCGCCAUGUCUACACCUUCCACAUCAUGGAGGCCCUGGACACUCGCUGGAGCCCUGACAACUGGCUGCAGCCCACCGAGGAGCUGCCGUUUCCACCUCUCUACACUAAAUGAACAUCUCUGGCAGCUGGGACUGAGCUUACAAAGAUGGACCAACAAGUAGGAACAGUUUUACUCAAAGAGGACUUUCAACAAUGUCUACAGCAAGUUUUUUAAAACAAUGUUUUAUGACUUAGUGUCUUUGGUUAAUGUGCAGACCAGCAUGGUGGUUUUUCAACUUUUCUGGGUCACAGCUUCUCAGGUUGGCAGGCUGGUUUAAAAUAGCACCAGUGACUUGUUCUAAAAGAACCUUGAUUUAAAAACAUGCAUCCUUUUUUAAAAUAAAUGCAGUUUUAAGUGGUUUUUAUUUUUUCACAUGCAGACACUUCAAAACUGGACACCAUGGUUGCUUGUCAGGAGCUAAUUCUUCUAUUAGUUGAACAUGAACAGCUGGUGCUGUUGCAAUACUUUUAAUGAGUUCCCACUUAAUACACUGAGGUCAAAUGGUCAAAACACAUUCCCCCUAUCGCUCUUUCCCAUAAAAUGUUUCCUUGGUGAUGUCUGAAAAGACUAAUUGAUUACUUGAAGAGAGCAAACCUGUAAGGACUCAAAAAAGUAUUGCAACAAAAAUCUAACUGCAGCUCUGCAAAAGUUGUGUUGUUUGCACUGAAACCAAAAUGUAAAAACUACUCAACUAAAACUAGAUUAGGGUAGGUAACUCAACUGCUGGGAAAGAUGUAUAAAAGGUUUUAACUAAUUUAUAUUAUUGCAGCAAAAUCACACCAAAACUUUUGACUACAUUUAUUUAGUAAGGGAAAAACCUCCAACAUCAAGAAUAAUUGUUUUUCAAAAUUUAAGGUGGCACAAUUGUUAACAAUAAUAUUCAUCCAUUUUCUUUACCCGCUUUGUGGGGCGCUAAUGCCUGUCUCAAGCGGUCAAUGGAUGUCAUGUUAAAGGAAGAACUUAAUGUCCCUUUUUUAUAAAAUGCAAAGAUUAUGAUCAUCCCUAUGGUCACUAAAUGGGUCACUCUUUGUCUUUCAGUUUCUCUCAGAAACCUAACCCCUAAUUUAAUAAAAGACACUUUGAACAAACCCCUUUUGUUAGCUCUAGUGUUGAAGAAGGUAUUUUUUGUGUUUGAUGUAAACUGAUUUUCAGGCAAACCCUUAGGAACAAAACAAAAACCAAUUAUUUAAAUAAAAAGCAUGUCUGAAAGCUUAAACUUUUCUCCAUAGCCUUCUGGUAACUCACUAAGGGUUGGGACCCUGAAGUUGAAAUCCACUGCAGUAAUAUGUAGUCUAUAAAUAAUGGUUAAAGACUUUUUUAAAUGUGACUAAUAAUUACUGGAAUAAACAUUUUUAACAAUUCA